GGCCCCUCCCACGCGGUGGCCGGUCGCCCAGCCCCAACCGAUGGCGGGGUGGCGCCUGCGGGCCGUGCUACCGCCCUGGGCCGCCAUUGUCGGGCCUCCAGCUCCGCGCCGCGGAGCUCCCUCGCCUCGCGAGCAGAGCGGGGCGGCCAGCCUGAGGGGGCUGCCCCUGACCGAGCUCACAUCCCCCCACCGCCAGAGCGCACGGUCCACAAACGCUGCACCUGACGGCUGCCCCACCCCAGCGGGAGAAGUGGCCAUGAGGUUGGCAGGUCCCCUCCGCAUCGUGGCCCUGGUCAUCACCGUGGGCCUCACCUGGCUUGUAGCCAGCAUCCUCCUCGGUGGGCCUGGCGGUGGCUUUCCUCGCAUCCAGCAACUCUUUGCCAGCCCAGAGAACUCAGUGACUGCAGAGCCGAGGGCCAGGAAGUACAAAUGCGGCCUGCCUCAGCCGUGUCCCGAGGAGCACCUGGCCUUCCGCAUGGUCAGCGGGGCUGCCAACGUCAUUGGACCCAAGAUCUGCCUGGAGGACAGGAUGCUCAUGAGCAGUGUCAAGGACAACGUGGGCCGGGGAUUGAACAUCGCCCUGGUGAACGGGGUAAGCGGAGAGCUCAUCGAGGCCCGCGCCUUCGACAUGUGGGCGGGAGAUGUCAAUGAUCUACUGAAGUUUAUCCGGCCACUGCAUGAAGGCACCCUGGUGUUUGUGGCUUCCUACGAUGACCCAGCCACCAAGAUGAAUGAAGAGACCAGGAAGCUUUUCAGCGAUCUGGGCAGCAAGAAUGUCAAGGACCUGGCCUUCCGGGACAGCUGGGUAUUUGUAGGGGCCAAGGGUGUGCAGGACAAGAGCCCCUUUGAGCAGCACGUGAAGAACAGUAAGCACACCAAUAAGUACGAAGGCUGGCCCGAGGCGCUGGAGAUGGAAGGCUGCAUCCCCAGGAGGACCACAGCCAGCUAGCGUCCAAGCUCGAGGACCAGACUAAGCGAGGCUGCUUGUGCCUAGCCAGGAGGAGGCGCCGGCACAGCGCUGAGGCCCGACCCCACGCCCAGCCAGGAGCACUCCUGCCCCAGCACGUCAGGGCUCCGAGGCGGUGACCAGUGACCAGAUCAUGCCCAGUGGUGGGGCUGCGCUGCGGCCCCAUGGCGCUUUGUCCGGGGACCCCAGGUACCCGUCUCCUUUUCCUAAAGCUGCUCUGCUGGCCGACACCCACCCAAGUCCCAAGCGCCUGCGGCCCCAAGUUUGGUAGCAGCUGCCUGGCAGGUCGGGGCAUCUUCCGGAAGCUAUCCAUCCCAGAGUGGCUCACUGCUCUGCAGGCCAGUCCUGUUUCCAGUGUGGUUCGUUCUGCUGAGCCAAACGUGGUGGCCACUCCCGGCACCUGGCUGCCUCCUGCCUUGCUCUCACGGGAAGGGGUGACCGCCUGGGAGCCAGGCCGGCAGGGCAGUGAGGUCGCCAGCCCGAUGGCAGUUCCUAGCACGGUGGGUGGCAGCUCCUGCGGUUUGUCUGUCAGAGGGCCCGCUUUCUAAAUGAUGUCUUAAUAAACUGGUGGCCCCCGA